GACAAAAACAACCAACUCAGGGGUAUGGCAAGGUCAGCAAAACACAGAUGGUUUCAUUGGCUGGAGGUGGUUAAGGUUUAGCCCGCAGGCUUGUUCUUAAGAGUGCCUGCAUCUCAAAUCUGCCACACACAAAGGAGGAGGACUUAGGACAUGAUUAGCACCCCAAACAUUACAGCAAUGGACCCCAUCAGCCAGGACUAUGAUGAUGGCUAUUACUACUUCAAUGACUCGUACAUGAAUAUGAGUAACACCACAUACGAUUACGAACAGUCUGGCUGGUGUGAUGCAGGUGAACAGGAGCUCACUAUCAAAAUUUUCCAGACUUGUGUGUUCUGCCUGAUCUUCCUGCUGGGCGUGGUGGGAAACUGCUUGGUGAUUGCCACCUUUGUUCUCUACCGCUGCCUCCGGCUUCGCUCCAUGACCGACGUCUUUCUGUUCCACCUGGCGCUGGCUGACCUUCUCCUGCUCCUCACGCUCCCAUUACAAGCCGUCGACACUCACCUGGGUUGGAUCCUCACCGUUCCCCUCUGCAAGGCCACGCGUGCAUGCUACGCCAUCAACACUUACAGUGGGCUUAUGCUGCUGGCCUGCAUCAGCAUUGACCGCUACAUGGUGGUGGCACGAGCCCAGCAGAUGCUCAGGCUACGCGAUCAGAUAUUAACAGGCGGGAAAGUAGCUGCUGUAGGGGUGUGGGUUGUUGCGGUGCUCCUAAGCCUGCCUGAAAUCCUCUUCUCCGGGGUGAGUGAGGGAUACUGCGGCAUGCUUAACAGCGGAAGUGUCAAAAUGGCUACCAAUGGAGCAAUCAUUGCUGUCUUCUGCCUGUCCCUCUUCAUUAUGGUGACAUGCUACUCUUGCAUUGCUCACGUGUUGUGGGGAGGGCACACAAAUCGGCGGGGGAAGCAGUGGCAUCGUCAGCGUACGUUGAAGCUGAUGGUGGCUCUGGUGCUGGUUUUUCUGGUAUUCCAGCUGCCGUACACCGUGGUGCUGUCAUGGAAAAUGGCUGGGCAGUUCUGCGGUCUCCUGUUGGAGUACAUCACCUGCACUUUGGCGUACACCCGCUGCUGCCUCAACCCUAUCUUGUACGCCCUGGUAGGCGUGCGCUUCCGCAACGACGUACUGAGGCUCCUCCAUGAUUCAAGCUGCUCUCAUGGGCUCAAGCUGGUGCCACAGAGAGCGAGCUUCAUCUCCAACUCUUCAGCUUACUCUCCAACAUACUCCAGCAAUGACGCAGUGCCUGCCACCAAAUUUCAGUUUUCAGGAACCAAAUAAUAUUUUGUGGAAUGCACUAUAAAUUGCUGUCCGCUUUGCGUUGUUUGUAUCCAUGUAUCCCUACAGUAAAUGGUGUGUAUAGUUAGCAGUGGACUGAAAAAUAACAAUGAGUUGCAAAGAUAUGCAUAUAAUCAUUGGGGCUGUCGGUCAGUUGAAUUGUUUCAGUACCAGUGUAAAUACUACAUCCGCUAUAUUUUAAACUAAUUUUUAUGUGAUGUUUCUUUAUUAUUCACUUGUAACCCAUUUGUCCCGAGCUUAGUUGCAGUCAUGAGUUUUAAAUACACAUUGCUGUUGCCACAUUUCAUGUGUUACGCAAGAAGUCUUAAGGUUUGAUACCCAGCUCUAGUCAUAAUUUGUCACGUUGGCAUUACGGCCAAAAACGGUCACAAAGACAGUAUUUGGUCACACUUUGUUUGUCAAUUCCAGAUUUGUUAUUUCAGCUGUCAAGUGACAAAAAGGCAGAUGGUCAGUCACGUACUUUCGUAACGCUCACCACAACCUUAUUUGCACCCAUAAAAACAGCAGCACCUUAUUUUUAUUUCAAGGAACUGGAAUCCUAUUAAAUGCUUUCAUGAUGUUGAGGGGAAUUUUUUGCUGUCAAAUUCAAACCUUUUGAUUGCAGGUUGUGUUUCAGAUUUGGCUUUUUCAGGAAAGUGUGUCUCUGAGGAGUGUUCUCAGUCUCUGUAUAUACUGUAUAUAUUUUUGGAUAUUAUUUUUGUUUGGCCAGGGUUUGAAUCUAUUGUCUGUAAAGUCAGUGUAUAAGAGAGUGGCCUAUGAAUAUUUGCUAUAUUGUUGUAAUUUCUCUGAACUGGAUUUAAAUCUUAACCUCAACCCAAACCUGACUUUAUUUUUAACCAAACCCUGACACGGAAACAAAAACUAGACUUUUUUUCCCCCCACACUUUUGUAUCACUUGGUACUAAAUAGACCGUGGCCAGAGAUCAUUAUUACAAGUUUCUUAUAAUUAUUUUCUUCAAAACAAUACAAGGUGCUUCUACCACCCUUGACAUAUUUCUAAGAUAAGAUUUAUCUUAAAUGCCAGAGAUGUAGAAACGGUUAUACGUGCCUUUAUCUCCUCUUGCCUGCAUUAUUGCAACAGCCUGGUCUCAUGUCGAAAUCAAAAAACUGAACCGUUUACAGAUUGUGCAGAUCUUAGCUGCCGGUUUAUUAGUCCAAACUAGGAAGUAGGCCCACAUCACACUGAGUUUAGAGAUCUUAUUGAUUACUGUUAAAGCUGUUUUUGGCCUUUUAAAAAGAAGUUUUUCCUUGCCUCCGUCUCCUAGUGCUGCUCUUGGUGGGAACUGUUGGGCUUCUGUAAAUAGCAUCAUAGAGUACGGUCUAGACCUGCUCUUUUAUGAAAAGCGCUGUGAGAUAACUGUUGUUGUGAUUUGGCGCUAUAUAAAUAAAAUUUGAAUUGAAUUUUCAUCAGGUCCUGAAGCUCUGGAAUGACCUGCAUGAGGAAAUCAGGUUGUCGAAGUCGGUGUCUUCUUUUAAAUCCCUCCUGAAAAUGAAUUUCUUGCAGGAAAGCGUUAUCUGAGUUUAUCUGAGCUGCUAUCCUGUUUGUCUGAAUUUCCUGCUUAACCCUUUAUCUGUACAUUAUGUCAUAUUUUGUUUCUCAUUGACUUUUAUUGAUAUCUUGUCUUUUAAGUCCCUGUGAAGUAGUAGUUUUUAAUAAGUGCUCUACAAAAGUUUAUUGUUAUUAUUGUCUCUAUUCAUUUGUUUGGUAAGAUUAAACUUUGAUGCAUUUAAUAA